AUGAAGGCCACUCUCUUCUCCACCCACUCCUCUGUCUCCCCACUGCUUUCCAACGGUACGCAGCAGCAGGGUACCGCACGUGUCUGGUGGUGCAGUCACAGGACAGAGUGGCCGACCGCCUGCUGGGCAUGCUGGGCAAUCGCUUGCAUAGCCCACACGAACCACAUCAGCUACAAGCGGUAUGCAGCAGCAGGGUACCGCACGUGUCUGGUGGUGCAGUCACAGGACAGAGUGGCUGAUCGCCUGUUGGGCAUGCGCCUCACACCCAGCCCCCAACCCGUGCCCGUGCCUGCUGCUGCUGCGGCUGCUGCUGCUGAUGCCUCCCAGCCGCCACUGCUUUGUGCCCUUCGUGUGGAAACCACCAAGCUGCUUCUGGCGCCCCUUGAGAUCAUAAAGAAGGCGGACGAGCGACUGGGGAUCACACAAGGCGCACUGGCAGAGGUGGUGGGCGAGGAGCUGUCUGUCCUACCUGGCAUGGACGCCGUCAUGGCAGUCGCUGUCCUCGAGCGCAUCGCACGUCCAGCUGGCGGCCUGCUGGCCUUUGCCACGUCAUCCGGGCCGCGGGCCACGUCAGCAGGGAAGAAAGGAGCGGCAGCAGGGGAGUGGGUGUACCCGUGGGGGGAGGGGGAGGCGGAGGUGGUGGUGUUUGAUGGGGCCACCACCUGGGAGGUGCUGCGCAUGCUGGCCAGCCCAGAGAAAGCCAGCUGGGAUCUAAGCGGUAGCAGAGCAGCAGCAGCAGUGGGGGAGUGGGUGUACCCGUGGGGUGAAGGGGAGGCAGAGGUGGUGGUGUUUGACGGGGCCACUACUUGGGAGGUGCUGCGCAUGCUGGCUAGCCCAGAGAAAGCCAGGUGGUAUCUGAGGAGGUUCCGUGCCUUAGCAGAGCGGACAGACAUCGGGCGUGUGGCUCUGCCCUCCGUGGCCCGCCUACUCGACUCCAUUGUUGGCUCCUCCAAAGGGGGGAGUGGUGGGAGUGGUGGGAAUGCUGGUGGAAGUGGGGAGGAUGGGCAGCGCAGCACAGCGGAGAUAUGGGAGAAGCUCGACUCUUUCCUCUCUGUGAGUUCCUCUCUGCCCUCCAUGGCCCGCCUACUCGACUCCAUUGCUGGCUCCUCCAAAGGGGGGAGUGGUGGGAGCGGCGGGAGCGGUGGGGUUGCAUCCGACGAGCAGCGCAGCACGGCGGAGAUAUGGGAGAAGCUCGACUCCUUCCUCUCUGUGAGUACUGUUAUUAGUAAACAGGUGGGCUGCGGAGAGACUGUUGACUCCUUCCUCUCUGUGAGUGCUGAUGUAGAGACUGUUGACUCCUUCCUCUCUGUGAGUGCUGAUGUAGAGACUGUUGACUCCUUCCUCUCUGUGAGUGCUGAUGUAGAGACUGUUGACUCCUUCCUCUCUGUGAGUGCUGAUGUAGAGACUGUUGACUCCUUCCUCUCUGUGAGUGCUGAUGUAGAGACUGUUGACUCCUUCCUCUCUGUGAGUGCUGAUGUAGAGACUGUUGACUCCUUCCUCUCUGUGAGUGCUGAUGUAGAGACUGUUGACUCCUUCCUCUCUGUGAGUCUGGGGGCCCGGCACAUCAGAAAGCUUUUUGAACCAUAUCACAACAGCAACCCCCAACUCGUUUCCCUAAUCUCUCCGUCCGCCCCUCUCGCUCGCCCGUCAUCCCUUCUCCCACCCUACCUGCCCCUCCCAACCCCUCAGAAAGCCGUCUCAGCAUUCGCAGACCCCUACCGCACGUCCGUCUUCCUAUUGGCCGAUGCGGCGAGCCACUCAUCAGUCGACACCUGUCGCCGCAUCUGGGGCUGCGCAGUGCAGGCAGGCGUGUCCCCUUCAGGCGUCUUCCUACUCCCAUCGGAGGUAGCAUCUGGGGAAGGGGGACUGGCAGAAAAGUUUUCUCCGCUGCCCGUGGGACAACUGCCCGUGGUGACAGAGGAGGCACCGGCGGCUGUAGCGGCCGCAGCCGGGCAGAUGAGCGAUGGAGCGGUGGCGGUUAUGAACGGGGAAGGCGCGGGGAAGGCUCCUCCGGCGGUGGACGUGGACGUGGCGGCGUGCACGGUUCGUCUUUUUCUGCCGGGAUUCGACAAGCAAGAGGUCAAGCUGCAACAGGUGAGUGGUGUUGGGUCGGACAAUCACCAGUGGAAGGGCGGGGCAGAGCUGUUGGUAGAGGCUGGGGACCAGUGGCGGUGCGUGGAGCUGUUGAGGCAUUCUCCAGGGGAAGUGGAAGGGCGGGGCAGAGCUGCUGGUAGAGGCGGGGGACCAAAGGCGGUGUGUGGAGCUGCCUCGAGCCGUUCAAGGGAAGUGCUUUUGGCAACACAACGAGUCGAAGCAGGCCGGUUUCUCCCGGGCGUCGGCAGUCUACCCACCAACCGACUUCCACCCGGCUUGAAUUCAGCCAUCGCCGCGGCAGCCGCAGCAGCGAGCAGCAGCAGCCCCGCAGCGGCGCUCAAUUCGACGCUCUCGGGCCUCCAGUCGUCCCUCAACGGCCAGAUCGCGUCUCUCGACGCGCUUCUCAAGAAAUCGCUCGAUCAGAUCUCGGCGGCCCUCAACAGCGACGCUUCCGCAGACGCCGCACUCCAGGCGCAAAUAUCCGCGCUGAAAGCCAACCUCGCCGCUUUAAACGCCAGCCUCGUUAAUCUAAACGCGCUUAACAUCUCAGGGUCGAAUCUGAACUUCACGGAUCUGAUUUCCCAGAUCUCCGGCCUUCAAUCCAACAUCUCAUCGAUCAGCAUCGGCAUCGCCGCUCUGAACAAGGACCUGGCAGGAAUAAUCGGCUCGGGCGUAGGCUCGGGCGCAGGCUCGCGCGUAGGCUUGGCGGGCGUGUCGAGUGCAGCCACCACAGCGGCUUACGCGAGUCGGAACGCGGCGAUCCGCGCGGCGGUGAGGCAGCGGCUGGCAGCUGUGACGCAGCGGGUCGCGGGGCUCAACGGGAACGUGUCCGCGCUCGCCGGGAUGCUCAACGCCUUGAAUUCCGCUCUCAACGGCGCUCUCAACGGAGCUCUCAGAGUCGCGAAUCUUCUGCCCCAGCAGGCGGGCAUGCUGCGUGCCGUGCUGACGUCAUGCAACGGCCUGCUGUCUCUCCAAGCCGGCGCUGCUGACAUUCAGAUCCUCAAGAUUGGCUCGGACUAUCUGCUCACAUACUACCUGUACGCAGCAGGAGUGACCAAGGCCCCGGACUCGCAGGCCAUCUUCAAGGGCAACGCCUGCGGCACCGCUGCUGCUUCAGCAGCCCUCGCCCUGCCUGGCACGUGGGUGCCCAUGAGCCCGGUGUCCUGGUCGCUGGCCAAUGUCGUGAGGGCGUCAGCUGCUGACGUGGCGGAUGUGCUGGCAUCGAUCCAAGGGAUCACCAAUGAUGACCUGUUCCUCGGAUUCUCCGGUGCUGACGGGGCGCUCUCAGGGAGAGUGAUUGGUGGGAAGUUGUAA